AAUGAGUGCCAGCAAAGAGCAGAAAGAUUAUCACAUGCGCAAAUUGAGAACGCAUUACAAACUUAUUGACAAGCAUAACAGUGGAUAUAUUUCUCACGAAGGUUUUCGUCAAAUGGCUGAAAAACUGAAAGGAUUCGCUCGCAUGUUGCAACACGAAGAAAAGGCUCUCGCUGUAGAUGUUGCCUUUCUAGCCGUGUCAGAUGUUUUGAAGCUUAAAGAAGGAGUUAACUAUGCCAUUGAAGAUCUUGUAAAAUCCUCCAGUCAAACGCUCUUGUCUAUGAGCAAAGAAGAUGCGAAAACGAUCACAAAUAAUGUUCAUAAUGCCAUCUUCGAUGUCGCUGACGCCAAUGAAGAUGGCUUCAUUUCUCUAGAAGAGUACAAAGUUUAUUUCUAUAUAUUAGGCCAUGAUAUCUCGGAUGAAGAAAUUACGCAGUCUUUCAAUGCCAUAGAUAGCAACAAAGAUGAAAAAAUAAGUCGAGAGGAGUUUUUGGAAGCGGCAUUUGAUUAUUUCAUCAAUGUUGAUGAAUCCGAAGUUGCCAAAGUCUUUCUUGGACAUUUAGAGACAUGAUUGACACACAUCUCUGAUUAUUUUAGCAACAAAUUACAUUGGCACCAUGCACUUUCUGAUAUUAAACUAUAUGUUAUAGAUAAACUAUUCUCGGAUAUUUUUUUACGAAAGGCCAAAUAGCGAACCAUUUUACAACAAAGUUAAAGAAUUAAUUUAGGACCUAAAUUAAGAAUUGUGAUAAUUGUUUCUCAGUUUACAAAAGGCCGAUACCUUAGAAGCCAAUAAUUAAUAAUAGACGUCAAUUGACUUUUUCCUGUCAGGUUAAUACAAGUAAUAUGGUUUUGGGUUAAAGGUAUAAGCAUUUAGCUUUUCUAAGAAUAUUGUAUGUGUACUGUUUACCUUGAAAAUUUAUUAAAUAAACAUAAUUAAAA